AUGGCCGUGCAGUCGUCCAAGUACGGCGCCGCCGCCGGCAUCCGCGCCUUUUCGGCGCACAGCAAGACGGGCAAGGCGAGGCUGCACACCAGCCGCAACCAGGAGGCUCGAGCCGUCGAGAGCCCGCUUCUCGAGGGCCGCAAGGCUGGUGCGUUUCUGCCCUUGGCCGGCAAUCGUCGUCUUCAUACUGACGUCUCGUCCACUGCAGCCCCCCCUCCUCCUCCCGGCGUGACGACUGCUGCUGCCCGCAAGGAUGCGCCGCCAGUCUCCGCCGUUCCGUCCCCCUUCAGCGCGUCCGGAAAGUUCUCGUACGAGGACUUUUACGAGUCCCAGCUGGAGAAGAAGCGUCAGGACAAGUCCUAUCGCUACUUCAACAACAUCAACCGCCUGGCCAAGGAGUUCCCCGUCGCCCACAUGGCCAAGAACGAGGACAAGGUGACGGUCUGGUGCGCCAACGACUAUCUGGGCAUGGGCGGCAACCAGCACGUGCUCAACACCAUGCAUGAGGCCCUGGAGAAGUACGGCGCCGGCGCCGGCGGCACCAGAAACAUCUCCGGACACAACAAGCACGCCGUCGAGCUCGAGGCCACGCUGGCCAAGCUGCACGCCACCGAGUCGGCCCUCGUCUUCAGCUCCUGCUACGUGGCCAACGAUGCUACCCUGGCCACCCUGGGCAGCAAGCUCCCGGACUGUGUCAUCUUGUCCGACAGCCUCAACCACGCCUCCAUGAUCCAGGGCAUCCGCCAUUCCGGGACCAAAAAGAUUGUCUUCAAGCACAACGACGUCGCCGACCUCGAGGCCAAGCUGGCGUCACUCCCUCUGCACGUCCCCAAGAUCAUUGCGUUCGAGUCUGUCUACAGCAUGUGCGGCUCCAUUGGCCCCAUUGAGGAGAUUUGCAACCUGGCGGAAAAGUACGGCGCCCUGACCUUUUUGGACGAGGUGCACGCCGUGGGCAUGUACGGCCCGACCGGCGCUGGUGUUGCCGAGCACCUCGACUGGGAGGCCCAUGCCAGCGGCAAGCCGCGCGGCACCAUCAUGGACCGCAUCGACAUCUUCACCGGCACGUUGGCCAAGGCCUACGGCUGCGUUGGCGGCUACAUUGCCGGCAGUGCCAAGUUUGUCGACAUGAUUCGAUCGCUCGCCCCUGGUUUCAUCUUCACCUCGACCCUGCCGCCGGCAACCAUGGCCGGUGCCAAGGCGUCCAUCGAGUAUCAGAUGGCUUACGAUGGCGACCGUCGCCUGCAGCAGCUCUACACCCGCGCCGUCAAGGAGGAGCUCAACGCCCGCGACAUCCCCGUCAUUCCGAACCCUUCCCACAUUGUGCCCAUCCUGGUCGGCAACGCUGCCUUGGCCAAGGAGGCGUCUGACCUACUCCUCCACGACUACAAGAUCUAUGUCCAGGCUAUCAACUAUCCCACCGUCCCCAUUGGCCAGGAGCGUCUCCGUGUCACUCCCACCCCCGGCCACACCAAGGAGCUUCGCGAGAAGCUGGUGACUGCGCUUGAUGAGAUCUGGACCCGUCUCGACAUCAAGCGCACUUCGCAGUGGGCUGCCGAGGGAGGCUUCAUCGGCGUUGGCGUCGAGGGCAACGUCCCAGAACCCUUGUGGACCGACAAGCUGCUCGGCAUUGAGCAGGCUGCCAAGGAGGUCAAGGCCGCCGGUGUUCCUGAGAACGGAAUCACCGAGGCUUUGCUUGCCCGCGAGGGACUCAACAACAGCCGCGUGAUGGACGUCUCGGCUUAG